AUAAAUAAAACCCACCCGUUUCGGGUCUCAAUACCCACAACAAUCUUCUCACUCUUUAAUUUUUAGGGUAUACUCUGUUUGUUGCCCCUAAAACUAAAGAAACAGGACAACUGUCAGUACUACUUCACUUUCUUGACUCUUUCUCUCUCCUCCGUUACUCCGCCGCAUCCUCCGCCGUGUUCACCGCCACAAUGUGGUUGAAUAUUUGUUUAGUCGGCGUAAUCUUUGGUUUAGGGUUUGAAAAUGUGGUGUCGUUACCGUUGCACAGAAAACCCGACCCGCAUUGGAAACCGGCAACCGCUACUUGGUACGGCGAACCUAAUGGCGAUGGUAGCACCGGUGGAGCAUGCGGGUACGGGUCAAUGGUGGAUGUGAAACCGUUUAAGGCCCGAGUAGGGGCGGUAAGUCCGAUACUAUUCAAGAACGGAGAAGGGUGCGGAGCUUGUUACAAAGUGAAGUGUUUAGACACUGAAAUAUGUUCUAGAAGAGCAGUUACCGUUAUUAUUACUGAUGAAUGUCCUGGUGGUUAUUGCUCUGGUGGAAAUACCCAUUUUGACCUUAGUGGUGCCGCCUUCGGUCGGUUAGCCAUCUCUGGAGAAGGCGGACAGCUUCGUGAUCGUGGGGUCAUUAAUGUCAUUUAUCGAAGGACACCUUGUAAAUAUCCCGGAAAAAAGGUAGCAUUCCAUGUAAAUGAAGGAUCCACUAACUAUUGGCUUUCACUCCUAGUGGAGUUUGAAGAUGGAGAUGGAGAUAUCGGUUCUAUGCACAUAAAAGAGGCAACAUCAAAAGAAUGGAUAGAAAUGACUCAUUUGUGGGGAGCUAAUUGGUGUAUUAUUGGGGGACCUUUGAAGGGUCCAUUUUCUGUCAAAUUGACUACACUUUCAACGGGAAGAAGUCUCUCUACACGAGAUGUCAUUCCUCGGAACUGGUCACCAACAGCUACUUACACUUCUCGUCUCAAUUUUCUUCCAUAGAUACUCCUCUUUCCCGAUAAAAUUGCUACGUUUUUCUUUAAAAGUUCUCGAACGAGUAAAAGAAACGAAGUAUUUUAUAGGGUUUUUACGCACAUCAAAUUACUCCUACUAUCCUUGCUUUUUUAAAGGGAAAUGACACGAAGCAUUCAAUGCUUGUUUAUUUUCCCUUUUUUCUCACUUUCACUUUCAAGUCUUUCUUAGAAGUAUCGUAUUUCAGUAGCGUGGAUUGGGAUGGUUUUUUAAAUUAUUCUAUUGCUACUACUGCUACUGCUACUAUGAAGCGGAACAAAAUAGGAGCCCUCUUCAAAAGGAGAAGAGAGAGCGCCGCCCAUGUACGUGAUGUAACUCUAACUGCAUGUAAAAUAUCAUAUUGUACUAUGUCAACUUGUAAGUUUGUUUAUCCGUGUGAUCUUAUUUUCUUUAUUGCAAGUGUAAGUUAUGAUGCAAAACAUAUUAUAUUAUACUAAUAUACUAUUAUUAUCUUUUGGAA